UGACUGGUUUGAGGUCAUAUAUUAAUUGCAUGGGCAGACCGUAGAGUGUAUAGAUAGCGUGAGCUGAUAGGUCGACCCCCUCAUAGAUAAGCAUAAUAAUUGUACACUAGAAACCCCCCUAUAUCGACCGACAACACAUAUUACAAACCGUGGGCUCCAUCUCCUAUGGAUUACGAGAAAUCUCCAAAUCUCCGUUGGGACUCUCAAAAAAAGUGAAACAAUUGAUUCUCUUGGCGUUUGGAGUUUUCAACCUUAUUUUCAUUUCGUGCGUUGUGGUACGAUAUGAUUCGCUGUAUUCGUCAGUUUGGCACAUGGCCACCGGUUAUGGAGGUCUGGCUAACAGCCUCGCCGCCAAGGAAAGAGUAGCCUUGGAACAAUCAUAUUACAACCAAGAAUCGGUUCUUCAUGACCUCCCACUUGGGGCCUCAUAUGAGGAACUUAGCACCAAGCAAAAAAUCUUGCAUACCUUGAAUGAGGUGACAUUGGACGCGGAAACUUAUCCGUUGGCCCACACAGAGUUGACUGAUUUUGAAAUCCGGAUCAACCCACGAGAAUUCACCCGUGAAGCAUGCAAGAACAAACCAACAUUGUUUUAUGAUCCACGGUUCACCCUUUCCGUAUAUCUUAACGAAAUCAAGAGACAAUAUUUAAAGAAAAAUCCAAAGAAUUUGUAUGAAAAAGUUGAUGAAAUUGAAGUUCCAUUUUCAUGGCAAGAUUGGAUUGAUCUUACUGAUCUUAAUCCAUUGAUUUCAGGGACGGCCAAGAUUAAUUGUGAGUACUUGCGUAAACGUGCCGAUCGUGCCCCUGAAAAUGCCGAUUAUUGUGUUGAUUCCAAGGACGUUACCGAAUAUGAAUUGAAAGAAAUGAGAUUACCUCUGAAAAGUUUCCUUCCUGGAUUUGUUAUUAAAAAGCCACCAGGAAAUUUGGCCACCAAUGAAGUAAGAAUGAUUGAAGGUAAGACUCAUUUGCUUACGUAUGCACCUGUACCACUCAACAUUAUGUUUCUCACAAAACGUGGGGUUUAUGAAGCUAGAGUUGCCCCAGAAAAGCAAAGAUUGGUGGAUUCCGACUUGUUUGAAAAUUAUUUGGAACUGGUUGGAUAUCGUGGACAUGAAGAAUUGAUUGUUUUAAACCCAGUGGCGGAAUUUUAUGAUUUGAUUGCUAAAGUCGAACCAGAUACCACUCUGGCUGAGGAUGUGUUUGGAAUGACAGAAUUAAUGAUGCUGGCCAAUGUCAGUAAUCUGAGAGAAAUCCACGUUCCCAAAGAGGCAUUUGACUAUAGACAAGAUAAAAUCGAUAAGCAAUUAAGAGAAAGAAAGGAAGAAAAGGCAAGAUUUGCUGAAUUGAAUAGAAAAGAAGGUAAUAGUAAAAUUUUAUCAAAUUUGAAAAGAGAAGAUGAUGACGAAGUUUCAACCUCUCAAAUUGAAGUUAGAGCUGCAAGUUCUGAUGUUUCCAAAAUUGGAGGUGCUUCAAAUUACCCACCUGGAGGAAUCCCGGGAGAAUCGCGUCAAAAGACUCUUUAUUAUGCCUCGCUUGAAUAUGCCAAUCAAUUCACUCUUCAAGAAGAACCAACUUAUUAUCAUAUGGCACGUCUUAAGUAUGACGAAACCAACAAGGUUGAUGCCGGAUGGCAUUAUGAAUGGAGAUUCUUCAAUGGAGCUCUUCGAUACCUCAAGAAGGGUUGGACUGAAGAUGAACUUCUUGUCAGAAAAAAAAUCGUUUUGGAUAGAAUCUUGAGAAAUUGGUUUAGAUUUGCCACUGAACGUGGUAUUUUAUCAUGGAUCGCUCAUGGACCUUUACUUGCAUGGUAUUGGGAUGGACUCUUAUUCCCAUUUGAUGAAGAUAUUGACAUUCAAUUGCCUGCCAAUGAAAUUGUCCGUUUCUCCAAACUCUACAACCAAACAUUGGUGGUGGAAGAUGUUGGUGAAGGAUUUGGUAAAUUUUUCAUUGAUUGUUCAACUUUUGUUCACCAUCGUGGUAAAUCAUACAAGGCCAACCAUAUCGAUGCCAGAUUUAUCGAUGCCGAUACCGGAUCAUAUAUCGAUAUUACCGGGUUGGGAGUCUCUUCUGAACCAGUUCCUCACAAGUAUAAGGAUGAAGUUGCCCUUACUGACGAGAAGAAGGUUGCUCGUGAGGUUUAUAACUGUAGAAAUGUCCAUUUUACCUCACACACCGAGUUAUCUCCAUUGAGAUUGACAGGGCUUGCAGGAACUCCACUCUAUGUCCCUAACCGAAUCCAACGGAUCUUGAAAGACGAAUACAGUCGUGGGAUGACAUGGUACGAAUAUUAUAACUUUUACUAUGUGGAUAAACUUAAUUUAUGGUUGCAUGUACUGGCAUUGGUUGAUCUUUUACCCAAGCUGCUUAGUCUUAUUGAUAAUAAUGCGGUGAUUAAAGCCAUUGCUAAAUUAACUGAUGAACAAAUUUUGAAGUUACUUCGUGAGGAUAAACAAGUUUUGCUUGAAUAUUAUUUGACAAGAGAACUGACAGAAUUACAUAGAAAGGAACUUUCUUAUUUGUUUGAGAAUCAAAAUGGUGAGAGUACCAACAUUUCUCAAUAUAAAGAUCAAUUAACCGACGAAGAGAUUUCACAAAAUGAAGAAUAUCACAAGUUGACAUCACAAUUCAAGUUUGGUAAGCCUGGAAGUAGACCUUUAUUUAAUUAUGAAACCAUUGACAGGUUACGUAAUAAGGAUGAAGCCAGUCAAGCAAGAAAGGUUCGGUUAAUGAAGGAAUUUGAAGAACGAUUUGCUGCGGGUAAGAAGGCUGAAGACGAAAAGAAGAAGGCCGACGAGGAAAAGAAGAAGGCCGACGAGGAAAAGAAGAAGGCCGAAGAAGAAAAGAAGAAGGCUGAUGAAGAACAAAAGAAGAAAUUGGAAGAGGAAAAGAAAAAGUUGGAGGAGGAUAAGAAGAAGUUUGAAGCGGAGAAGAAGAAGGUGAAGGAGGAAGAGGAAAGGGAAAAGGAGAAGGAAAAGAAGAAUUAGGUUUAGAGAAAAGUUUUAGAUCAAGC